AUGGGGAAGCUGCUGCCCCUCUGCUGCUGGUGCUCGUGGCUGCUGUUGUUUGACCGCGACUUUCAGGUGCUCGGAGCCCACUCCCGAUCGCAGGACCACCCAGGGUUUGAGGUCUUGGCUUCUGCUUCCCACUACUGGCCGCUGGAGAACGUGGACGGGAUCCGCGAACUGCAGGACACGACUGGAGCGUUGCGAACCCACAACCUCACUGUGCUCCCUCCCCAUAACUCUACUUUUGUGUACACCAAUGACUCUGCCUACUCAAAUUUCUCUGCGACCGUAGACAUCGUGGAAGGGCGGGUCAACAAAGGCAUCUACCUCAAGGAGGAGAGAGGGGUCACGCUGCUCUACUACGGAAGGUUCCAGAGCUCCUGCAUCAGCAACCCCGCGCGGUGCGGCCCCGAAGGGUCUUAUAAAACCGGGGUUUGGGGCCGAGGUGGCCCCUUUGAUGGUGAGCGGCUGCAAGGUGUCCGGAUGUUCCCCAGGAUCUCUCUGUCUCCCGCAGGUCCCUACUGGACUCACGUCCUGUUUACGUGGAAGUCCAAGGAGGGCCUGAAAGUCUACGUCAACGGGACCCUGAGCACCUCCGACCCGAGCGGGAAGGUGGCUCACGCCUACGGGGACCCCGACGUCAACCUGGUGAUAGGGUCGGAGCAGGACCAGACAAAGCGCUACGAGAACGGAGCGUUCGACGAGUUCAUCAUCUGGGAGCGGGCCCUGACCCCGGACGAGAUCGCCAUGUACUUCACAGCCGCCAUCGGAAAGCAUGUUUUGUCACUGUCCACCCCGCCAAGCCUCGGCGUGACCCCCGCAGCGAGCACCGCGGUACCCACCGACGCCUACCACCCCAUCAUAGCCAACCUGACGGAAGAGAGGAGAAACUUCCAAAGCCCCGGAAUUGUGCUGAGUUACCUUCAGAACGUGUCCCUCAGUUUACCCAACAAAUCGCUGUUGGAGGAAACGGCGUUGAAUCUCACUGAGACCUUCCUAAAGGCCGUGGGAGAGGUCCUUCUACUGCCCAGCUGGCCGGACGUGUCAGAGGACGGCAGAGUGGUGCUGGGCUUGGUCGACGCCAUCGACACCGUCGUGGGCCACGUGUCUUCCAACCUGCAGGCCAGCGAGCCCCGGGUCGCCAUCGAGGGCUCCUCCUCCGUGGCGGAGUUCGCUGUGGUCAAGCUGCUCCCCAGGGCCGCGAACCUCUCCCGCUACCGCUUCCCGGCCCGAGGGCAGAGCUACAUCGAGAUCCCCCAGGAGGCCUUGCGCAGCCACACCUGGGCCACCAUCGUGGGGCUUCUCUACCACUCCGUGCACUGCUCCCUGCGCGGAAUCCCGCCGGCCAGCACCAGGAUCGCAGAGGCCGCGAGUCACAAAGGCUGCUUGCUGUCUGCCGCCAGCGCCCUGAUCUCGCUGGAGGUCUCCCCGCCGCCGACUCUCUCCCAGAACCUGUCAGGGUCUCCGCUCGUCACCGUCCAGCUCAGGCACACGCUGACUCGCAAGCAGCACAGCGAGGCCACCAAUGAGAGCAACCGAGUCUUCCUGUACUGCGCCUUCCUGGACUUCAGCUCCGGCGAAGGCAUCUGGUCGGACGAGGGCUGCGCGCGCGUCGGGGGGAACCUCACCUACUCCAGCUGCCGCUGCACUCACCUCACCAACUUCGCCAUCCUCAUGCAGGUGGUCCCGCUGCAGCCGCAGGGGCUGGUGUGGAGAAGGCGCUCCCGUCUCCCUCUCCUGAUCUGUGUCGUUUCAGUGUCAUCUGCCAUGGACAGCUACGGCACAAGUGACAACUGCUGGCUGUCCCUGCGGAGUGGCGCCAUCUGGGCCUUCGUCGCCCCUGCCCUGUCGGUCAUCGUGGUCAACAUGGGCAUCCUCGUCGCCGUGACCAGGGUCAUUUCGCAGAUCAGCGCCGACAACUACAAGCUUCACGGGGACCCCAGUGCCUUCAAGCUGACGGUGAAGGCGGUGGCCGUGCUGCUGCCCAUCCUGGGAACCUCGUGGGUCUUUGGCGCCCUCGCCGUCAGUGACCGGGCCCUGGUCUUCCAGUACGUGUUUGCCGUCCUCAACUCCUUGCAGGGACUUUUCAUCUUCCUCUUCCACUGUCUCCUGAAUUCAGAGGUGAGAGCUGCCUUCAAGCACAAAACCAAGGUCUGGUCCCUCACGAGCAGCUCUGCCCGCAGCGCCAACGCGAAGCCCUUCCACUCGGACAUCCUGAACGGGACCCGGCCAGGCACGGCCUCCACCAAGCUCAGCCCUUGGGACAAGAGCAGCCACUCUGCCCACCGCGUGGACCUGUCUGCCGUGUGAGCCGAGGGCCGCUCACCAGCCAGGCCUGCCGCUCGGAA